CCUUAACCGGCCCAUCCCUAAACCUUCCAUCAUCUCGCUCGACCUCCCUAGAAUGCAUUUCGUGCUCCCACGCCCGAAAGUUUUCGCCUUUCAAUCCCAACAUCAAUUUAAAGUUCCAACCUUUAUUCGUAUAAAGCUCUAAAACCCUUGUCAAACACUUGUUUCAUUGUCUAAUUGAAGGAAAUGAAGUAUGUGAAGCCACUGAGGUUACUGGGUGAUGCGUUGAAGACAAAAGUGUCAGUACCUGGUCGGUUUCUCGGGUUAGAUGUUGGUGAUAAGUAUGUUGGAUUAGCUGUUUCAGACCCUUCUAAUAUGAUUGCGUCUCCUUUGAGUGUUCUGCUAAGGAAGAAAACAAACAUUGACUUGAUGGCUACAGAUUUUCAGAAUCUGGUCAAAUCAUUUUCUGUGUCAGGCUUAGUUGUUGGUUAUCCUUUUGGCAAACUGAACAACGUAGAAGACGUCGUCACUGUGAAUCUUUUCAUUGAGGAACUUCGUAAAACCGAAAAACUCAAGGAUGUGAAGUACACUUAUUGGGACGAGCGUUUAUCAUCAAAGACCGUUGAACUGAUGUUGAAGCCUUUGAAACUGCAUCCAGUUCAAGAGAAGACAAUGUUAGACAAGUUUGCCGCUGUAGUUAUACUUCAGGAGUAUUUAGAUUACGCAAACAGGUAUGUAAACACUGAGCCAGAAGAGUGAAAGAGAAAGGGGCAAUAACAAGUUAGAUUGGAUAGAUGAGUAUGAUUUGUUGCAAUAUCCUAUAAUUAGCUAUAAGAGUUAGUUUUGGAUAAAUGAGUUUUUUUUUUGGUGAAAUUUAUCUCUGUGUACAGACAUAUUGCAUCAAACACAGUACUAGCUCUUACUUUUCUUUUGGCAGUGA